AUGGAGGCCUACUUCGGCAUAAACAACACCCAGAAUUGCCUUUUUGCUAAUGCUAUCAACCUCGUCUCCAAGAAAAGUAGCUUUGACGAUAUCUUUCUCUUACCUUUGGUUGUCUUGGGCUCCAUAUAUGUCUUCAACAAAGGAAGCCUUCUGCCGAGGAGAGACCCAUAUCGCUAUAAGUGGUUUGAGAAACCACAACUGCAACGAACUCAGAAUCUCCUUAUUGAAAAGAAGACACGCAACAUCUCGGAAAAGAUCGAAGAGCUCCAAUCUGAUAUUGUCAUCUUUUGGGGCUCCCAGUCCGGCACCGCAGAAGCCUUUGCUCACCGCCUUGCUCGAGAUUUCCACCAAAGAUCCAAGCUCAACGCUCUCGUAGCAGACCUGUCCGACUAUGACCCAGAGACUGUUUCUCUUAUUCCGGGGUCGAAGCUUGCUGUGUUUAUCAUGUCGACCUACGGUGAGGGCGACCCAAGCGACAAUGCUCAAGACUUUGUUAGUUGGGCUGACGCAGCCACUGGUGUCUCCCUCGCCCAACUCAAAUACGCCGCAUUCGGUUGCGGCAACAGCAACUAUCGCUUCUACAACAAAGUCAUAGAUGAUGUCGUCGUCGCCUUGUCCAAAUUCAACGCCACCGCGGUUCUACCCACUGGCAAGGGCGAUGAAGCUACCCGGACGACAGAGGAAGACUUCAUGGACUGGAAAGAGAGCCUUUUCAAGACUCUGGUCUCCAAUUUCGACUACCAGGAGUAUGAAGUAGCAUACGAGCCCAGUGUAGGUAUUGUUUCGAGCGACAGCAAUGACUUGCAUAAAGGCGAACCGUUCUACAAACCGCAUUCGAGAAAGGCAACCACACUCCACUCUCCUAUUGCUUUCCUUCCCGUCAAGGCUAAGCGAGACCUCGCGAAAUACGACGAGAAAGGCCGUAGUUGCAUUGAUCUUGAAGUGGAUCUCACUGCUCAACCCGAAAUCAAAUACAAGACUGGAGAUCACAUCGCUAUCUGGCCCGUGAAUCCAGAUGAGGAAAUCAGCCUUCUUAUUCGCAUUCUCGGACUCCAAUCUCAGCAACUAAAAGCCAUCUGCGUUGUACUCCAGUCGGCAGACAAGGAGCCAAAAGUUCCCAGUCCGACAACAGUGCAGGCUUUGUUCCGGCACUAUCUGGAGAUAUGUUCCGCAGUUCCUCGCGAGACAGUUCUAUCAUUGGCUCAAUUCGCACCAAGUCAAAAGGUUAAGUCGGAGCUGAUGACAAUCGGCAAUGACAGGGCGGUUUACUCCAAGUUUCUCGAAGCAAACCAUUUGACCUUGGCCCGACUUCUCGAGAACACUAUUGCCGUCGACCCGGCAGUCACAUGGGCUGGUUUACCACUCUCAUUCAUCAUCGACUUCCUACCUGCCAUGCAGCCACGUCUCUAUUCUAUCUCCACUUCACGCAUCACAUCACCCCGAAGUGUGGGUCUGACUGUGUCAGUUAAGCCGUCGCAAUUACUCGGAAAUCAAGAUAUCACAGUCCCUGGACUCACGAGCACAUAUUUAUCUGGACUUCAACCUGGGAGCCAUUCUCCGUCAGAAACAGCUUUAAUGGACUCAUGCCGUGUUCAUGCUCAGAUUCGUGGCUCAACAUUCAAGCUGCCGUUCCUUUCAUCAGUGCCUCUGAUCAUGGUGGCAGCCGGUACUGGAGUUGCCCCCUUCCGCGCAUUUAUCCAUGAGCGAGCUAGACUUGCUUCUGUAGGCAAAGAUGUCGGCCGAAUGAUGCUGUUCUUCGGAUGUCAGAACGAGAGCGACUAUCUCUACCGUGACGAGUUUGCGGAGUGGAUAGCUGGACCCCUCGCCAAGAAAUUGGAGGUGGUGACAGCGUUUUCAAGGGCAAGCAAUGAGAAGUGCUAUGUUCAGAACAAAGUGGAAGCCAGAGGUGAUGAAGUUAGGAGAAUGCUGCUGGAAGACGAUGCCGCUUUCUACAUCUGCGGUGCCGCGAACAUGGCGAAAGCUGUUGGCAUGGCGGUCCAUGGCGUCGUGAAACAGACGAAUAGCUGGAAAGACUCUGAGGUCGAAAGCUGGAGACAGGAUAGGAAGAAGUCAAAAAGAUGGUUUGAGGAUGUUUGGAGUUAA